AUGCCCGGGUCGGGUCGGGUCAGCCCUGAGGCGCUGCUGGUGUCGCUCCUGGCUGCCCGGAGAGUGCUGGGCCGCGUGGUGGGGCAGGCAGGCAGUGCAGCAGCGCCAGGCAGACCGGGCAGUGAGGACCUGCCUCCCGCACCUGCUGCUGCUGCUGCUGCUGCUGCUGGUGGUGGUGGUGGUUCUGCUGGUGUGGGUGUGCGGGGCGAGGCUACUGCCACGUUCCCAUGGGCGAGUGAGGAGGGCAUGGCAGCGCAGCGCCUGGUGGCAUACGUGUCGGACCAGACGCAUGCAUGUGCGCUCAAGGCGUGCCGUGUGGCAGGCAUGCCCGAGGGCAACGUGCGAGUGCUGCCCACCACUGCCGCAUCAACAUACGCCCUCACUGCCCGCCAGCUGUUGGAUGCGGUGCAGAGCGAUGAGGCUGCUGGCCUCCUUCCCUUCUUCCUCGUCCUCACUGUUGGCUCCACGUCAUCCACUGCUGUGGAUCCAAUCGCCCCACUGGCUGCCAUUGCGAAGGCGCAUGGCAUGUGGGUGCAUGUGGAUGCGGCGUGUGCAGGCAUGGCGAGCAUGUGUGCUGAGAUGCGCCACCACCUGGCAGGCGUGCACCUGGCCGACUCACUAGCCUCCAACGCUCACAAGUGGCUGCUCACCAGCUUUGGCUGCUGCUGCCUCUGGACCCAGGACAGCACGUCUCUGGUGGAGGAACUGUCUAUACUGCCGGAGUAUCUUAGAAAUAAGAUUAAUCAUGUUCAUCCACACACGCACUCCCUUCCUCCCUGCUUUCGCCCCCCUAUGUGCCGCACACGGCAGGCAUCAGAGAGGCAGCAGGUGGUGGACUACAAGGACUGGGAGAUUCCCAUCGGCCGCCGCUUCAGGUCACUGAAGCUGUGGAUGGUGCUGCGCACGUAUGGAGCAGAGGGCAUCCGCGCGUACAUCAGGCGCCACGUGGCGCUUGCUGAGUGGUUCGAGGAGGCCGUGCGCCAAGAUGAGAGGUUCCAGCUGAUGGCGCCACGCCCCUUCGCCCUCGUCUGCUUCCGCCUCAAGCCGCCCACCCCUUCCGCCUGCACAAACAGUGGGAUGGCGUGUGGUGGUGCAGGUGAGGGGGAGGUGGAGAAGGGGGUGGAGGGCACGGACGAAGGGAGGGAGGUGAACGCGGCGCUACUGGAGGCGAUCAACAGCAGCGGGCAGGCAUACCUCACACACACGGUGCUAUCAGGGCAGUACACGCUGCGCAUGGCAAUAGGGGCGGUCAAGACGGAGAUGACGCAUGUGCAGGCGGCGUGGAGGCUCAUCCAAACGGAAGCUUCCAAGUUGCUGCAAGAGGGCAAGUUUCCAACUGCAAGAGGGCAAGAAGAAAUUGCUUCAGAAGGAUGA